UUUUGGAAUGUAUACAAAUAAUUAUUGCUAUAUUAUUAUUUAUUAUCGAUUUCUUUAUAAUUCUUACACAUAAUCGAUAAUCGAUAAUCGAGCUCAGCACUUCAACAGCUGACUGUAUUAGACGUUAAGUGGCAGCUUAUUUUGUUUGACAUUUGAGUUUUCCAUGCCAAAACAAAAUUUAAAUACACUUUUUUCUGCGCCAAAUUUGUGUUGUUCCGUUAAAACAAAGCAUUCCUAUUUGUGUAUACACGUUUAUUGACUUUUUUUUUUUCAAAAAAUUAAAUUUAUUUGUUACAAUGACGAGACGAGGCGCUGCCCGCAAACCACUUCCAGUGACCUCGCCUACAAAGCCUCAGGCGAAAACUACGAAAAAACAACAGAUGUGCCGUUCACCAAAAAUCAACCAACAACCAGCAAAAUCGGUGUACACCAUGACUUCUCGUGAUUUCCAAAGAGAUACAAACGCACACGUAGAAGUUAUUGCUGAGCAUUUAAAAGAUUUUUGCUGCAUAAAUUUUUUCCAAGCGGCGAUAAUGCAUAACAAACACUUGUUUCGUGGUCGCAAGGUUUUAGACAUUGGUUGUGGAGUGGGUAUUCUCUCGUUGUUUGCUGCCAAGGCAGGCGCUGCACAUGUGUAUGCUGUGGAUUCGUCAAAUGUACUAGACUACACAGAACAAAUUGUAAGCGAUAAUGGCUAUGCCGAGGUUAUACAUGUGAUCAAAGGAUCAUUGGAAAAUAUUGUACUACCAGUGAACGAAGUUGAUAUCAUUAUUUGCAAUUGGUUGGGCUAUUCAAUGUUAUUUCAAGCAGCUUGUGAUAUGGUAAUUUAUGCUCGGGACAAAUGGCUGAAGAAGGAUAAUGGUAUUAUAUUACCCGAUGUGGCCAAAUUAUUUAUGGCUGCAAUAGAGGAUACUAAGCACAAGAAUGAGCGGGUGGAAUGGUGGAACGAUGUGUAUGGUGUAAAUAUGAAAUGUGUGCGUAAUUAUGCAUUAUCCGAACCGUGUUUUCAAUUGGUUGAACCGAAGCAGUUGAUGAGCACUCAAUUCGGCGUAAAGUAUCUGAAUAUGUACACCGCCACGAAGAAAGACUUGAAAUUCCGUUGCAAAUAUAUGUUAGAAAUGCAACGUGGUGGACACAUGGAUGGGAUCGUAACCUUUUUCAAUGUUUUCUUUUCAAAGUCCCAUACAUCAAUGGGUUUCAGCACAGAUCCUUCUGUGUGGCGUACACAUUGGAUGCAAACAGUAUUUUUCUUUGACAAAUCUGUAUAUGUCAAAGCUGGUGAACUUUAUUAUGGUGGCAUUGAAAUGUGUUCAGUUGGUAACGAUUGUGAUCUCAACAAUAUGGAAUUAAGCCUCGAAAUGUUCAGUGGAGAUCCAGCUCAUCUGCAUCUAGAAGCAGAAAUGCGCUGGAAACUUAAACCACAUGCAGCCAUAAUAAAUGAUAGAAUUAUAGAAAAAAGUAAAGCAACUGUAAAAAAUAAAAUUGCUAAGGACGAAAAACAAAGGAAGCCCAAUGCAAGUAACAUUUUGCUUGGGCCAAAGGAAAACGUUUGUUUACCUAAAGAGCCAAUAACAAAAACAGUCAAAGAAAAAUCCGCAACAAUUGUACCUACCAGCGUCGAAAUAGGAAAUUUCUCAUACCCCUGCAACGUAGUGAGGAGGAACAAAAAAGCAAAGAAUUCAAAAAAAGGCUAAAUUCUUAUUAAAAAGAGUUAAAUAUUUCUAUUGUUA